GAAGAAGCCACUGUAAUUUACUGUAACACCAAGAUGGAUGUGAAAGAGGAGGCGUACGAGGCUGGAAUUAAUACCAUGGAGGUAACAGCUGUAAAUAUUAAGGAGGAGGAGCGUGCAUGGGAGUCUGUCCAUCAUGACAAAGAGAGUCGCCUCAUUAAAGAUGAGGAUUGUGAAGUGGCAUCAUCAGACAUUAAAGAAGAAGCAGAGGAGACCUCUGUCAACACUGAGAUGCACAAACAUAAUAUUGUGGAUCCUGUCAACCUCAAGUUGAGGUCUGAAUCACUGCAAUCUGAUCCAAAGAGCACUAAGGAAAUUUCAUCUGUUAGAACUUGUGAAGAUCCACCUCCACCUACAAAUCAAUCUGGAGAAAGAGAAAAUCGUCACUGCUGCUUUGAAUGUGGAAAACAAUUCUGUCACAGGAGUGCUCUUCAGAGACACAAUAGAAUUCACACCGGAGAAAAGCCGUAUUGCUGUAACGAAUGUGGCAAACAAUUUUCACUGAAGAGCAGCCUUCUGGCACACACAAGAACUCACACAGGAGAGAAGCCGUAUUGCUGUAGUGAAUGUGGUAAACGAUUUUCAAAUCUGAGCCAACUACAGAGCCACAAAAGAACUCACACUGGAGAGAAGCCAUACUGCUGUUCUGAAUGUGGUAAACGAUUUUCACAAAGCAGCCAUCUUCAGAGUCACAAAAAAAUUCACAUUGGAGAGAAGCCGUACUUCUGUUCUGAAUGCGGCAAACGGUUUUUGAAAGUGGGCAAUCUUCAGAGCCACAAAAAAGUUCACACAGGGGAAAAGCCAUAUGGCUGUUUGGAAUGUGGGAGACGAUUUUUGAAAAUGAGCAAUCUUAAGAGCCACACAAGAAUUCACACGGGAGAGAAGCCAUUUUGUUGUUCUGAAUGCGGCAAACAAUUUUCUCAUAUGAUCAGUCUUAAGAGACACACUAUAGUUCACACAGGAGAAAAGCCGUAUUGCUGUUUAGAAUGUGGCAAACAAUUUUCAUGGAAAAAGAUUCUAUUGGCCCACACAAGAAUUCACACAGGAGAAAAGCCAUUUUCCUGUUGUGAAUGUGGCAAACAGUUUUCGCACAGGAGUGGCCUUUGGAGCCACAAAAGAAUUCAUAUGGGAGAGAAGCCAUAUUGCUGUUCUGAAUGUGGCAAACAGUUUUCUCAAAGUAGCCAUCUUCAGAGUCACAAACAAAUUCAUACAGGAGAGAAGCCAUAUAGCUGUUCUGAGUGUGGCAAGCAGUUUUUGAAAAUGAGCAGUCUUCAAAGCCACAAAAUAAUUCACAUUGGUCCCACUACUAUAGAACUGACAAGUCAACACAACAGUACUGUGAGUAAGAAAAUGAGAGCAGGAGACACAAUCCAGUGGUCAGUUGAAGACAAAGAGGAGAUCAUGUACUGCUACUUCUAUGCAACUGAUCCCAAGUUCCCAACUAAAGGAUAUGCCAGGAGGGCUCGUGAAAAACUGCAGUACAGAAAUAUAAUUUUGAUUUCCAAAUUGGAUAAGGUGACAGAUGCAAAUUUAAGAUCCCUAAUUGGAAUAAUUAAAGAAAGAAAACAAAUAAGUCAUGAGAAAUUAGAAUACCUCCAAAGAACAGCAAAAGAAGACAUAAUACAAGAAACAAAGCAGCAUUUACAACAUGAACACACUGGUAGCCAAAUUGAGUAAAAGGGAAGACAGAUUUGAAGACAAAUUCAGAACUCAACAUCCAAACAUGAAUUGACUGAUAAGUGAUUAUCAGCCAGAAGUGGAAUGUUCUUAAAAGCAAUGGAUUCUUACAGUGAAAUACCAACAAUAAUGAGGAGUUAAAGAAAUUGAGUAACGUACAUUAGAUUGUAAGUAACAACGAAAGUUUAAACUCCAGCGUAACCACCCAAAAGCACAAGAGCUGAUCAACCCAAACAAGCGGAGCAUCCAGAAUUAGAAAACAAAAACAACAAAAAAGGAGAAAAUCUACAGUCAUCCAGAUCCAAAAGAAAACAAAACAAGCAAAAAGAGCAACCCAGCAAGAGCAGAAAUGACAACAUUGUUAAAAGACAAAGAAGCCCAAGAAAUGAAAGAAGAGCUCUUGGACUUAAUCAUCAAAUAAGAAUACAAAAGUUGAUGGAAAAGACAAGUGACCAGGGCUGACGUUUGAGUACUGCAAGUAAUGUGAAUAAGGCACAACCAGCACUAUGCAAUGAAUUAACAACAAAGCAUGAUUAAGUAGUGAACAGAAAACAAAGAAGAACAUAAAGUUAAGAAAACAUUAACAAAUGUACACUCCACCCUAGAUGAAACUGAUUGAAGAAAAGAAAAAACAACCUGUUGGAAGUGGUGGCAUUAAUGAAGGUAUAUAUGAAAGGAGUGAAAUCACAAAGUUCCAGGAAAAAUACAACGGUUAAAGUAACAAAUGUGUAUUAACACAUGAACUUCACCAUAUCAAACAAGAAACUUACACUUUGGGCUUCUGUCUGAAUUCUAUUAGAAUUUAAACAGAAUUCCUAUGAAAGGGUGCAAAACAGACUAUUUAGAGGCAAUCCAAAGAAGUCCUAUGGAAGUUAAUUAACUUCACCACUAGACAAAAAAGACAGUGAAACAUUUUGGAGAAAAAAUUAAGACAAUGCUCAAGAACACAAUAAAGGAGCAACAUGGAUAAGCAAAUUAUAGAACAAAAAACACCCAAAUGAAAGAAAUGAAAUGGCAUGCAGUAAAGCCGAAGAAACUGAAAACAAACUCAGAAUGGCUCCUAACUGGAGUGCACCCUGUGCAGAUGUCAUACCCAACUUCUGACAUGAGAAGCUAAAAUUGCAGUGUCAGGAUAUGACUCGAGUAUAAAAGUAAGUUAAUGGAGCAACAACAGACAACACAACAAUGGCUUGCUACAGGAAAAAUCUUCAUGUUAUCUAACUCGGAUAUAAUCUCCCCUUUGUCUUCCUCUCCCCUGUACAUAAGUUCUUUAAAGCAAAAGAUAUUGGUAGAAUUCUAAACACCCGGAUCAAAAUACUUUAUGUGCAACAGUACAAAAGGAAAGUAAAGCAAAGUCAUAUGGAAGAAAAGACCAGCUUUUAUAAAGUUAUGCAAGAAAGGCAGAAACUGCAAUGUGGCCUGGAUGGACUAUAAAAAAAAAAAAGAUCUGUAGUAGUGUAUCAGACUCCUUGAUACACAAAUUCUUACAAUUAUACGUAAACAACUUUUUAUGAAUUUCAAGACUAAUGCUAUGUAAUUUCAAACCUAUCUGCAGUUUCACCAAAUAUAACAAUAAGGGGGAAACAUUCCAAGGAGACUUGCAGUCACUGCACUUGUUCUGUCUGGCAUCAAACCCACUAAGUGCCCUCCUUCAAUAACGCUGGUCAUGGGUGGUUCAACAUCUUCACUAAAUAUCAACUGAAUUGUUAAAUUGUCACUCUAUUGUUCUUUAGGGAUACCUUGAGGCUACAACUCCAGCAACCGGCACCUAGAAGAACAGCUGCACUUGGUUACAGAAUAUUUGAACAACAGCUAAAUGACAUUUGGAGUUGACCGAUAUGCCAGACUGACCUUCACAAAUUGGAAAUUAACAUCAAUUAAAAAUAUUGACCUCAAUCAUAACUUUAUCAGAAAAUUGGAGCCAGAAGAACCUUUUAACACUUGGGAGAUUAAUGAAGGAGCAGAUCUAAACCUUAAGACACUAAGGCAGACUGUUGGCAAAGAGUACAUCUGUAGAGUGAUUUUUAAAA